UAAAUUAGGCCGAACAGCAAACAGCAAACUAGAAUGCUUAUAUAAAUAACUGCUAAAUUCCCAUCUAGCUCAUACUUUCUUCCUCUAGCAACUUCAUUCACAAAUCUAACUAUGGAUCUGAUCCAAUAUUUGGUGGCAAUUCCAGUGGUUUUGGCUUUAUUCCUGUCCUACAUACAAUGGAAACCAAGGUCACAAAUUUCCGAUGAAAAGAGAAAAUCACCCCCGGAACCAGAAGGUGCCUGGCCAGUCAUAGGCCACCUCCUUCAAAUGAAUCCCAAAAUUCAUGUAGCAGAGACCUUAGCAGCCAUGGCUGAUAAGAAUGGCCCUGUCUUCACCAUUCGGCUUGGAAUGUUGCCAGUUCUGGUGGUGAACAACUGGGAAUCAGUCAAAGAAUGCUUCACUACAAAUGAUAAGGCCUUUGCCUCGCGGCCACCUUCAAGUUUCGCCAAAUAUCUUUGCUACGACUAUGCAGCAUUUGGUAUUGCACCUUAUGGUCGAUACUGGCGCGACGUGCGGAAGAUGGCUUUGCGGGAACUGCUUUCGGCUCAAAGGCUUGAGAAGCUGAAUCAGGUCCGAAUAUCUGAGGUGAAAACUAGCAUCAAAGAAAUAUUCUUGAAUAUUAGUGAGGUCAACAACCACAGUAAUGAAAUAAAAGCUCCAGCUAGAGUGGAUCUUCGUGAUGUGUUUGAGAAAUUAACUUUGAAUAUUGUCCUGCGGAAAAUUGCUGGGGGCAGACACACUGACAGCGACGUUGGCAUAAAAAGAGAUGCUGAAUUCAGAAGAGUUCUUAUGGAAUUUGAAGCUUUUGCAAGGGUACUUGUUGCCUCGGACAUUAUUCCCUUCCGAUUCUUGAAGUGGCUCGAUCCUCAAGGGAAUAUCAAGUCGAUGAAGCGUUUGGCUAAAGAGCUUGACAAGUAUAUGCAGACUUGGGUGGAUGAACAUAAGGAGGGAAGGAUGAAAAAUAGUGACGAUGGUGAUGAUGAGCUAGACUUCAUAGAUGUGUUGCUUUCAACGAUUAAAGACGAGUCCAUCUGCGGGUUCUCCAAGGAGGUUGUGAUAAAGUCCACAAUAUUGAUUCUUUUUGUAGCAGGAACUAGUACCACAUCAAGGUCUUUGACCUGGGUUAUCUCCCUACUACUGAACCAUAGGCACGUUUUGCAAAAAGCCCAGGAAGAGAUUGACUCUUUUGUUGGCAAAGAGAGAUGGGUAGAAGAAUCUGAUAUCAAGAAUUUAGUCUACCUACAGGCCAUUGUCAAAGAGACAAUGCGACUACAUCCACCAGCACCUGUGCCAGUGCCACGCCAAGCCGACGAAGACUGUAACGUAGGUGGCUACUUCAUUCCUAAAGGCACCCAAUUAUAUGUCAACGUAUGGAAAAUUCAGCGCGACCCGAGAAUAUGGCCGGAGCCUGAAAAUUUUUUUCCAGAGAGAUUCUUGAGUGGUGACCAUGCUGGCGCGCAGCUUGAUUUCUCCAGUCAAAACUUUCAGUUGAACCCUUUUGGUAAUGGCCGACGAAUUUGUCCAGGAAUGUCAUUUGCAUUGCAGGUGAUGCACUUGACGCUGGCUCGGCUACUCCAGGCUUUCGACAUCUCCAGGGUUUCAGAUUUGCCAGUAGAUACGGCCGGAUAUGAAGGUAAAGCCCCUCCAUUGGAGGCACUGAUGAUGCCCCGCCUGCCAAAUCUUGAUCUUUAUGGAUAGUGGACAAUAGAUUCCUUGGAUGGUGGAAUUUGAGUCUACACCUGUGACAUCAGGGCAAAGUUGCUGCAUUGUGUAAUUUUUAGUACGCUCAUUGACUGAGAAUAAUUAUGAUGUUUAAAUUUGAUAAAAGAAUGGGGACUCAGUACUGUUGUAUUACCAUUAUAAUAUUUUUAGCUGCUCUUUUAUUUCGCAUA